UUGUUUGCAAGAAAUUUUUGGAGUAGUGCCUUUUUAAUAGGCGUACGAUAAUUUUUUCAUCGGUACGAUAAUUUUGACACUCAAAUACGAUAAUUCUCUUCCGCUCACCUGGCAACACUGGUUCAGUCAUUAAUCACGUCAAAGUCGAGUCAAAAAACCUACUACUGCUGUGCACACGUGACUACAAUAUUAAAUAACAAAAUGAAUCUGUCCGGUUGAGAAUGCAUUUCAGACCACAAAACAACAAAGGCAUUAUAAAACCAUGGAUCAGUCUUUAGACGCGUUAAAAGUAGACCAAACAAAUGUAGACCGCGACAGUAAUGAUAAUUUUCAAAAAUUGCUGUUCAGCGUGGACAUAAAAGUCGAAAAAGAGGCAGAAACAAAUGACGACGAAGAUUGGUGUGUAGAUAAUUUUGCAGCCGGCAAUCUUCUGGAGCCUCUGUUCUUUACACAGGUGGUGGAGCCCCAGGGUAUACAAUGCUCGUUGUGCUAUAGAUACUUUUUAGACCGAUAUGAUGUCUACAAACACAAUCUGGUCCAUCUCCAAGUUACUAUCAUCAAUCCACCAUACUUCCGAUGUGAUAUCUGCAACUCCUACUUCGACAAUAUAAAGUCUAUUGAGCAUCAUAUGCCUACACAUAACAAAAGUAUUACAAAUAUGUUACCAUAUAAACCUAAAGCUUUCAAUAAAACAGAUUAUGAUUUUAAGCUAAUCAACUCGUACAAAAAACUAAAAACAUAUCAAAACUCAAAACAUAAUUUUCCUCUAAAGACAAAUUACGAUGACCAUGAAACUGAAAAUAAAUUAAGAGAUAGUAUGACUGACUCCUCAAAUGAACCAAUGACAUCGACACCUACUAGAGUAACAGGUAAACCAUACACAUGUAAUAUAUGCCAAAAGACAUAUUCAUACAGUGUCUGGCACGGACACAUGCAUGAAGUGCACGGUAAGGGUAAAUACACAUGUGAAUUUUGUGAUAUGGUCUUUAAGUGCCAGCGAUAUUUGAACAGACACUUACAGAAUAAGCAUCUCGGGAAACGUCUGCGAAAAGGAUUAUUGAAAAUGGACGUCAAAUGUGACCAAUGUGAUGCUGUUUUGCAGAAUUUAAGUGCUUUAACUACGCACAGAAGGAAUGUCCAUAGUGCUAAUAAACAUGUGUGUGAUAUUUGUAAGUCUACAUUGAAAUGCAAGUCAUAUUUGCUGGCGCAUAUGCGAAGAGUGCAUAGUGACGGGAAAAAGCACGGAUGUGAAUGUGGGAAGAGUUUCAAAACUCAUAGGUACUUAAUGGUCCAUAAACGGAACGCACAUUCAAAGAACAAAAAGGAUAAAUUGAAGCCAGAAGUAAAAACUGAAGAAUCAUGAAACAUCACAAAACAAAUCAGUGCCAAUUCGAAACGAGUAUUGUGAGAACGCCAUCUACUUUAAAGUGUAUCGCACAAACCAAAUGACUUAAAAAAGCACACAUUUCCACCCCAAUUUUUUUAAGAAAAGAUGCUUACCACAAAGAUUUUCGUGCACUGACACAGAAUAAAUAAUAGUACCUACACAUACAGCAAGAGGUCAGUCU